GCCCGAGUCCCGGGAAGCGCGGGGCGCACAGGGAGCUGCAAUUCGGCGUUCGGCCGGUUGCUCUGGAGCCGAGUCGCGUGGCCGCCUGCCCGCUUGCCUCCUGUCAUGGGGAGCACCGAGAGCAGCGAGGCCCGCAGGGUGUCCUUCGGAAUGGACGAGGAGGAGCGGGUCCGGGUGCUGCAGGGCAUCCGGCUGUCUGAAAAUGUGGUUCACCGCAUGAAGGAUUCCAGCCAGUCUUGCCAAGCGGGGCAGCCUGCUUCCCCUCCUGCCCCUCAACCUUCUACAGUUGGCACCUGCAAAGGCCCGGAGAAAGACUCCAAACUGCCCAGGUCUGAGUAUGGUGGUGGCCGGCAGUCCUCUGGGAUGGAGGAGGAUUUCCUCAAGAGGUAUAAACAGGAGCAGGCCAAGGUCCAGGAAGAGCUAUUCCAGGUGGUAACGAGGGAAAGAGAGGCAGCCACAAAGCACAGGAGUGUAUCCGUGAAGCGGGGGGAGGGCAGCGUUGACCAGGAGAAGCAGAAGUCAACCCAGCUGGCCAGGGAGCUGGAGAGCCGGGAGGCAGAGCUGAGCCGCCGUGACACCUUCUGUAAGGAGCAGCUGGGGCGCAUUGAGAGGAAGGAAACUGAAGAACUGGGAGUGGACUUCACCCUUACUCCCCUUGGAUUCUGCUAUCUUGGGGCUACGGGUGACUUGUGCCCCAUCAGAACCAGCAGCGUCUACCAUCUUCUGGUAGAAAGAAGCCCAGGUGCCAGGUGGCUCUGAACCUGACAGUCAUUGAGCUGGCCAAGAGUGUGUCUUCUGCCCUCAACCACAGAGCCAAGUCGGGGAGAUGGUGGAGAACGAGCCGGCGAUAGAGUCCUAGUUCAGCCUCAAUAAUUUUCCAGCCUUCUGACUCUGGGCAAGUAAUGGGAGUUCUAAAGCCUCAGCUUUCUUAUCUUUGGAACGGGAAUUUGAAGACUAACAUGCCAGUUGUUUGGAGGAUGAGUGGUCAUUUGUGUACGAGUGUCUGAUGUAGAAGUAUUCAGUUCUUUCAUGUCAUUUCUAUCCUUUUUCCCCUUCUUUAAUAAAUGCAUAGCCAUUCACUAAUUCCAUAUUCAUUUAAUUCCACUCAGUGCCUAGAGAUAGCUCCAACAGUUGUGGUUCCUGCAUCAGGGAAUUCACGGCACAGUUUGGUAGGGGAGGGAGAGGUGAGGAAUAGGACCCCAGGUGGGAGGAUGCCUGAGUGCCAGCUUCCCGUGACCAAACAUGCCAGCCCUAUAA